GGGGGAGGAACAAAGCUGUUUCCUAGGUGACGGUGUGCCGGCCUCGGUGGUGGAUUGAGCGGGUCUGAGCGAGGUUCCCAGAGGGCUGCGCGUCUCCGGUCUGCCGGCACCGUCAUGGCGGGUUUGCUGAAGAAGACCACGGGCCUUGUGGGAUUGGCUGUAUGUGAGAGUCCACACGAGAGGCUAAGAAUACUGUACACAAAGAUUCUUGAUGUUCUUGAGCAAAUUCCUAAAAAUGCAGCAUAUAGAAAGUAUACAGAACAGAUUACAAAUGAAAAGUUGAGUAUGGUUAAAGCGGAACCAGAUGUUAAGAAAUUAGAAGACCAACUUCAGGGUGGCCAACUGGAAGAGGUGAUUCUUCAGGCUGAAAAUGAACUAAGUCUGGCAAGAAAAAUGAUACAGUGGAAACCAUGGGAGCCUUUAGUGGAAGAGCCUCCUGCGAACCAAUGGAAAUGGCCAAUAUAAUCAUCAUUAAAUGACUAGCAUGUUGAUGGGAAACUGAUGUAAUUAAAUGUUCCUUAUUAUUAAUAUCUAAAAUCAAGACAACUAAUACAGAACGUAUUUAGGAGACUUGUUAAAAUUGAUGACUGUGCUAAUAGGGAUUUGUGAAUCCAUACUUGAUAUGUAAAGCAUUCACUUAAAUUAUUUCAAAGAUUUUUUUUUUAUUUUGUUUUUUUUUUUAAAAACAGAGAGGUUGUGGAAAGAUUGGAAAGUUAAUUGGAAAAGUUCUUACAGAUUUUCAAUGCAGAAGCCAUAGUUGAAAUGUGAAGUAUUUUUAGGCAUGUCUUCAACACAUCAUUUAAUGGUUUUUAUCCUGCAAAAAAUAGGAAAGAUACUUAAUUAGUAUUGUUGUUUAGACAAAUUUUAUAAAUCACUGAAGUGAAGUAGUAAAAGUAAAAACCAUCAAAUUGUAGUUGUACAGUUGAGGAAACUGAUUUGGUAUUUGAAAGAAAGACUUAUUUAUAGUCAUUGUAAAAAUGUUUCCUUUUGUCUCAUUUAAAGAAGUUAGCUUUCUGUUCCUUAGCCUUUUGUUUUCUUGAUCAACCAAAGUACAUCAAGGUAGAGAUAGAAUUUAUGUAAAAGAAGAGACAUGGAGAGUUCCUAAAGUUUAUCUGACUUAUGAACAGGCUUGUAUUCAGAACAUCUUUGUGUCACGUGGGUUGUAACUUCAAAGUAGAAUCACUAGGUGGUUUUCACUAAGUUUCUAAUAUGAGUGCAGCUGGGUAUCAAACCGAAAAUAAAUGCUAUCGACGGAAAGAAACAGUUGGCAUAAAUUACUUUUAAUGUGUCCUCACCCUUUUUUCCUAGGCCCUAUCAUUUCUAAAUACUUAAAUUUGGUAUUUUUUAACUUCAAGAUAAUGCUCUUGUGUGUUUGUAUGCAUAUGUGUGUGUUUUGCCAUUCCUUGUGGCAAAGCAGAAUCAAUUCAGAAUUUUUAGAAUGAGAAAAUUGUAUUUUUUCCAAUAUAUUUCUCCCCUUACAGCGCUGUAAAUUAAAUGGUAAAUAAAUAUUAAAUGAAGUGGA